GAUUUUGGAAAAAAUUCGAUUAUGGAGAAUUUGAGGAUAUAGAGAAAAUUUCGGAUGGGUCAAACUUAAUUGAGCGUUCAUAUCGGAGAAAUCAUUAUCAUGUAGUCCUCAAAUUUUUGAACGAACGUUGUAAAGAUAAAUAUUACAAAAAAUUUGUCAGAGAG